UUAAACAUUUUUAGCAUUUUUAUUUUAUGACUAUGAGUGAAAAUUAAAUAAUAACUACAAGGUGAUUUGCCUUCUUUUGUAUUAGAAUACUAGAAUAUUAGUAUUGAGUUACUACGCGUACUUACGUGAAUCAAAAUUAUAAAACUAUUAGAUGCAUUAGAUAUUAAAAGUUAGAAUAUCAAGGCAACAUGAUGAGCAAUAUAACUGACAGGUUCAAUUCAAUGAAUUCCAAGCAGAAAACUGAAUGUGAACAAAAAAUAAACUUUGAAAAUGAAAUAAAUGAAAAUAUCAUACCUAAGAAAAAGAAUCCAACUGAAUUGACCAUAGGCAACGAAAACACAGUUAGCAAUAUUUCUACAGUAGAAACUUUAACCUGUUUGCAAGAAUUCGAUGAAAUUCUUGAUAAUGUUUGCAAACAAAAUGAACCUAUAGAUGUCAAUACUAAAUACGAUAUAGAAAUAGACAUAGAAGGUGCAAAUUUAGAAAAUGAUUUGAACACUCUAGGUGAUAUUGAUAAUUUUGGAAAUUGGCAGAGUAUUUUCGAUGAUUAUGCCAAAAAUACUGAGGCAAUUACAGAACAGCAUAUCAAUAAUAAUAAAGAAGGCAGAAAUGGUAAUGAUUCUGAUAUUUACAUGGAUGAUAAUGAACACUUUAACGUGAAUAACCAUUUAGAUACUUGGAAAGGUAUUUACGAAGAUUUUGCAAAUAAAAUCAAUAAUAUUGCACCCGUAACUGGUAAAAAUAUGGAAAACACAGAUGUGAAAUAUAAUAAAAGUGUGCUAGACGAACUAUCAGUAAUAAAACAUGAUAAUUCUUACUGUUUAAAUAAUGAAACUAGAAUUGGUUGGACGCCAAACAGUUCAGCCAUUAGCAAACCCAAACAAACUGAAAAAUACAAUCCUACAGAUUCUUUCAAAAUGUUCAAUAUCCAACAUGAAAAUGUGAUGUUAAAUUUUAUAGAGGACCAGAAAAAGGAAUCAAAUGUGCAGCAAAUCAGAGCCAAUCCAUUCAAUAAUAAUUUCACUAAUAAUGGACUUAACACUGAGGGAGAUACAGAUGAGCUAAAUUCUAAAAGAAAGAAUACGAAUACAUUUAAAAAAGAAUAUUGGGAGAAACAUGUUGAUAUGCUAGAACAAUCUAAUAAUAAAAGAGCAGAUAUAAAUAAUAUGUGUAAUACAAUAAAACAUCACAGUGCAGUUGAUAGAGUUCUAAAUAAGAUUAUUAAAAAUGAAACUAUAGUAUUAAUUUCUGAUAACGAAGAUCCCUUAGAAAUUGUUGAAUGUAAUAUACUCAUCAAUAAAACCCCUACUGAUACUAAUUUUGCAAAACAAGAACUGAAAUUUAACAAUAACGAAUAUUUAAAUGUACUCGCUAAUGAAAAACUUAAUUCAGAAAAAUUGGUAAACCAAGAACUUGAAACCAAUAACCCUAGAAAUGAAUUUAGGAAUCCAGAGCUUGAAACUAAAUGUUUAAUUAAUAAUAAAAUCUCUGCUAAUACAAAUGAAUAUGGAAAACAAGACGUUGAAUGUAAUAUGUAUCAUAUAGAAGUAUCUUCUACUAAAGAACCUAUUAAUACAAACGAAUUAGCAAAACUUGAAUCUGAAUCUAAUAGUAGUGAAUAUUUAUAUAAUCAUAAACAACCUACUAACAAAAAUGAGUUUGAAACAGAAGAAGUUGAUUUUGACUGCGAUGGUUAUAAUUCUUCUGAUUUCGAAUUCAUAGACGAAGAUACAGGUAAAAAUAAUGCGCCUAACUUUGAAUUACUUUUUGACGAAUUUAAUAAUUAUUUAGAAGCAACUACAAAAAAUGAACCAAAUGCAAAUAACGGACUUAAUUUUGAAGUAUUUAAUGAAAUGACUUUACCAAACAUUGAAACACUCUUUGCUAUACACGAUAAUCAAAAACCGAUAAAUUUCAACGAUUUUUGCGAAGAAAACGAUAUAAUUUACGAUUAUAUUAAAAGUAUACAACCACCAGCAAAUGCGAAUGAAGUUGAAAGUUACAAAGAUAGUCACAGAAUACCAAAUGAGGAUGAAUUUCUUAGCCUGUUUGGAGGAAAUUUUACUCCUUAUCCGAUGUACGGUUUUGAGAAUAAAGCUACAAAUGUGACUAGCAUGAGCCUUGAUAUUGGUGAAGUAGGCAUUGAUAUGAACAUGUUUAAAGUUGAAAGCACCCCAGAAGAACGUCGCAAAGCAAAGGAAACUGAACAGAAAAUCCUAUCAAUGUAUUCUAUAGAAAACAGAAAUUACAAACGACGUCGUUAA